AUGUCUGAGCAAGGCAGUGCCUUUGCCUUUGCCUUUCCAGAAGACUCGGACGACCGCGACGACAGCAGGCUUUUCCCUGUCAACUACCAAGAUACAUUGCGUGACGUGGAACAUGCUCUGCACAACGCAGAUAUGGCCCUCAGGAAUGCUCAGGCUGCUUUUAGGCAUGGCAGGAUGGCCCAUGCCAGCAGCAAUGGUGUUGUUGACCUUACAGCAACCUCAGAUGAUGCGAACGAUGACCUAUUCAUGACACAGACUCGUCACCCUCACGACUCGAACAGGACUUCGCGGCCUGCAAAUGCUAUGAACGAGCCAGCUUAUGGUCCUCCUCCUCAUCUUCCUCCUGCCAACCAGGACCGGCAUCCACCGUCUUUUCGAUCCUUUCUUGAACCCAACAUCUCCCUGCAUCCUCCACACGAUUCUGAUCCCAGACACUAUACUGGCUAUACAGAAACAAACCGCUUCAAUGCUCAAGCUGACGCUUCUGCCGUUCGGAGGCAAAACCAGGCACGACGAUCAUGGGAGCGUGUGGCCCGAAGAAACAGACAGCGUGCCCAGCAGUUAGCUGAAAGGGAGGCAGAGGAAAGAGACCGCAGAGGACAAACGAGGCAGGAACCACCACAGCAAGGUCCAGAAUCAACUCGCAGGUCACGACGCCUCUCCAAUACAUCCAGUGCUAGUUCCGACUCUGAAUCCUCAGGAUCUUCUGUUGCCUCUGGCUCUUCACAGUCUGAUGUCGCCGUCGCUGCCGACUACAACCGACCAGUCGAAACAUCAAUCGGUACAAUAGAUCUUACUGGGGUAGAUGACUCCAAGACUUUGAGCAAUGUCCUUGCAAAGGAGCAACAAGAUGCUAUUGCUGCCCAAGCCAAAUCCACUGUCACUUCUGGCAAUGCCAACGCCUCUCCGUUGAAUAGUUACAAGUGCGCUAUUUGUAUGGAAUCUCCUACCAAUGCUACAACAACCACAUGUGGUCAUCUCUUCUGCCACAAAUGCAUACUCGAUUCUCUCAAGUGGUCAGAACGGCAAAGGAGGGAGGAUCAGCCUCCUGGACGACGUGUACAGGGCCUGUGUCCGGUAUGCCGAAAGCCGUUAUUGAACAAGGAGUUCGGCAGUGCUGGAAGCAAAACCUCGGGUGGACUGGUCAAUUUGGAGAUCAAGAAAAUUUCACGCAAGCAGUAUCAGCAGCGCAAGGAACAGGACGACUUCUUUGGGACUGGUGGUGGUAAAGGAAAGCAAAGAGCCAAAACAGCAGAACACGAUGCUGAGCCCGAGGCCACAGGAGCAAUCAGAAUCGACAUUGACGAUAAUAGCAGGAGUCCCGGCCUAGCAGGAGGCAGGGGCAGACGGAAGCGGAAAAGAGAGACUACAAGUCAAGCGCGAGCUGAUAGUAUCGAUUCGCUAUUCGACUAA